AUGGAACCAGAACGAAAAGUCCCUCCCAUUCCAUGGAUGCGCCUUGGGGAUCCCAACCCAGAGUCAUCUCUCACGCCCCCUCCCGCGCCUUUUCCAGCGAGCAACACUGCAGCCGACAAUGCGAGGCAACGCUUCGCCGUGACCGGCAAUGCCCCCUCACCUCAGCGCGGGCUCUCCUCGAACACGGCCUCGGAAGGCCUCGCGCUCCUCGACCUCCCCACCAGCCUCACAAAGAGUAAAGACCAAAUCCUCUCCCUCGAGCACGAUUUCCCCUCCGCCAAAAUCCUCUCCAUCCCCUGCAACGUCACCCUCGAGACCGUAGUCCAGUCCGCAAUCGAAACAGCAAGCACCCACCUCGGCAAUCUCAAAAUCCUAUGCUGCUUCGCCGGCAUCGUCAACUGCGUUCCCUCCAUCGAAAUGUCCCUCGCCGAUUACCAGAAAAUGCAAGACGUAAAUACCACCGGAGCUUGGAUCGCCGCACAAACUAUCGCUAAAAAAAUGAUCCACACGCACACCCGCGGCAAAAUCCUCUUCAUUUCCUCAAUCAGCGGCCACAGGGUCAACUACCCCCAACCGCAACUAGCAUAUAACAUCUCAAAAGCCGGCCUACUGCACAUGAAGAACUGCCUCGCCGCGGAAUGGGCCCAGUACGGUAUUCAGGUAAACUCCAUCUCGCCGGGGUAUAUGGAUACCGUGCUAAAUGAGGGGGAGGGACUUGUCGAGCAUCGGGGGGUUUGGGCGGAUCGAAACCCAAUGAGGAGGAUGGGACAGCCGAAUGAGUUGACAGGACCGGUGGUGUUGCUUUGUAGUGAUGUUGGGGGGAGUUAUUUGAAUGGAGUGGAUGUUGUCGUUGAUGGUGGAGGAUUGGUUUUUUAA